AAGCGUUUGAAUGCUCUUGGAAUUCUCCGCAAAAAAAGAAAAUAAUUUUAUUUUAAUUAAUUUUUAAAAGUACUUUGCAACAUGAUGCCGAUUUCGCUAAGGAGUAGGCCGAUAAUGAAACGUAGGAUGAGUAUAAGUGGAGCUAGGCCUUUGCCUAACCAUGCCAUAGAGAAAAUCAAGCAGCGCAAUUUUCCUGAAAAUCUCGAUCUGAGUAACCGUAGUACCGAUGAUGGACUAAGACGUCCAAUGGGUGAUAUGUACGGCUGGAAUGGAAACAAUUCUGGUGGACAAUUGGGUUUGAGUCGCAAUGCUCCUCCACCGCCGCAGAAUCUCGAUUGGAGUUCCUCCGGUCCCAGACGCAAUCUCUCUCCCGUUGGCAUGUAUGAUCGCAAUUUGUCCACCAACAUGAUGGGCUAUGGAAACUUUGAGAAUCAACGGCCCAGAGGUCGUGAAUCCAAUGAGUUUAUUCCAAACUCGUAUGCAGGAAGUCGUGAGCCGAGCGUUUUAUUCCGAAUGAUAACUUUUCACAACCAAUGGGUUUUCGAAACAUUCAGGAAGCAAUAUUUCGCAACAAACCGUUGAUGGGUAAUCAGCAUUCCAUGAG